AUGCAAGAAGUGGAAAGUAUAGCGAAGAAAUGGUCACAGAUCGAUUUCGAACACUUGCAGAGGAAUUUAAACGAAGAGGUACAGGCAAUUGGUGUGAGAGAGAGUCAAUGCAGAGUUGCUCGCCAACAGUUAAUUGCUGAAAGCAAAAAUUAUUAUGAGCAUGCUGAUAAGCAGUCACGUAAAGCUGCUUCGCCGCUGAUUAGAGCGUUCCAAAAAGAGUAUGAUCGAGCUAUAGAAAGAGCAAAAGCAGCAGAAGCUGAUUUAAUCUUUGUUUGUCGGACAUUCACUUCUGUUUGUGAUCCUUCUCCAUAUUUGGAACAGGUUUCAACAUUGCUAAAGGAAGUCGUGCGAUUACGUUCUGUUGAAGAGCAAGUUAGGGACCUGACUAAACAACUGAAUGAGUUACAAGAAGAAUAUGAUCACUUACGAAAUCAGGAUCUAACCAUUCGGCAACUCAAAGAACGGAUGAAAGAAAUGGAAGCUAAAACAAAUAGUAGCAUUCAGGCUGCGAUAAAUGAGAGAGAAAAAGGAUUGCGCGUCGAACUGCAAGCAUUUGAAAGAGAAGUUGCUGAAGGGCGGGUGCAAAGUACUGCUGAAAAUAAAACGCUCUCAGAUGCUGUUGCAGAUCUAACGAUGAAGAACAAAGAAACCAAUCGAAUGUUUGAAGAGGCAAAGUUACAACUGAUAAGAAAUGAAGAUGUAGACGGCGAAAAAUUGGAAAUUGUUACGAAUGAUCUCGAGAACGCUUUGCAAAGAGCUAUAGAAGCGGAAAAGAAAGUGCAACGUUUGCAAGGUGAAUUGGAGCGCUUUAGCCAUGCUGGUUCGAAUCCAAAUGAAGGAACAUUUGGAGGCACUUCCCUGAUUCAUUCGAAAGACAGUCAGAUUCGUAAAUUGUUGGAAGAAAACAAGAAGCUGAACUCGAAGCUUAUCCAUUUGAAAACAGAAUCGAACAAACGUAUCGAUGAGCUGACUCAAGAAUUGGGGCGCCAUGUGGAAAUUGUAGCGCAGUUGCAAGCCCAAUUAGAAGCUCAGUCUGAUUAUGAAGAUAAAAAAGAUUUAAGGAAUCUACGUGGUGUUGAGUUGGGAGAAGAAACCGCUGAAAGGACAUGUUUCGUGAGCAAUGGUGCUACUGCCACUGCGACCGCAACAGCCGAAGUGCAGUUGGGUGGUCGUUCGAAGGCACUUGAUGAAUUACUUGUUGGAAAAAAUCGCAAAUUGCAUAGUGAAAAUGCGGAUUUGCGAAUGCGUAAUCAAAAACUUGAAGGUGACCAUCACAGCGUUUUGGACGAACAGACGAUAGAUGGGAAUGAUUUGUCGGAUGUUUUCGGUUUAGUUGAUGCCAACUUCAAUAGUAACACACUCGCCGACUUGUUCUCAAGUAAAAGCGGCCAGAAAUCUAUUCAGACAAAUGGUGAUUUGGAUUUAGAAAGUGAUCCGCAUCGUGCCACGAGUCUCCUUAAUUUGUUUAUGUGCUCUGCUAGUUCAUCAAAUGAUACUUCGAAACUAGAAAAUUAUUAUUCAACAGCUUCGUCCAGUUUGCAUGAAUUACCUCGGUCACCUGCUGAACUCAGGACCUAUAAUGAGCUGCAGGAUAUUGUUACCAGAAAUAUUCAUGAAUUAGGUACAAAGGCUUUGAAUACGACGGAAAUUGCAAAGCAAUGCAAACAUUUAAUGGUUACCCACAAUAUUGGACAGCGGUUAUUCGCGAAGUACGUCAUGAACCAGGUAGUCAAGUCACAGGGAUCACUCAGUGAAUUAUUGUCUAAACCAAGGCACUGGAAUAAACUCACUGAUAAAGGACGAGAAGCGUUUCGACGCAUGUAUGGCUGGGUUUCAGAUCCUAAAGCUAUUGAAUUGUUGUGUAAUAUCUCACCCCGUCGAACUCAACCAGUGGGAUUAAUCGAGAUUGAAGUACCAUCGCGUGAAAUUUUGUGGGAUCAGCAGGCUGUCUCGUUAGCUGCGGUCUCCAGAUAUAAUGCAGAUGAUAAUUUCGAUUUAUUUGUACAAAAGCAGUCUUCGAAAGUCACUCCAGGCGAUUUGAAGCAGCGUGACAAGUUAUCAGCUGCAGCUGGUGGUGGUAGCGUGAAUUCAGUUGCGCAACGUACAAGUCGAUGGCGACAUGACGACAUACCGAAAGAAAAAAUUAUGAAGAUAUACAAACGUGAAUUGGCACUGUUAAGGGAGCAGGAAUCUCAUCUAGAACAGGCAAUUGGUUCACGGCCUUUAAGUAUAAGAACUAAAGAUGAAAAGCUUCCAACAGUGGAAACAUCGAAUAAAUCAUCUUCGUUGUCAUCAUCGUCAUCUCAUUGCGGAUCAACAAGAGAUACCAAUUCACCGCCGCAAUCAAAUUUUCCUGUAAAUUCUGCUCAAGCUUUGUUUGCUUUGAAAUGUCGCAGUGGAAUGGCAUCCAUAACGCAAGAGGAGCUUGAACGUUAUCCGGUAUUGGAUACUGAAGAUAUCGUGAGACAAAUCAAAGAUUUCCUUUGUUUAAAUUCGAUAUCUCAACGUCAGUUUGGUGAGCAUGUACUUGGUCUUUCACAGGGAUCUGUUUCGGAUCUUUUAGCAAGGCCAAAACCGUGGGCCAUGUUGACGCAGAAAGGACGAGAGCCGUUUGUGCGCAUGCAGCUUUUCUUAAAUGAAGCUCAAUCUUUGGUUUGUAAACCUGAAGAAGAGCUGAAUGGAAAGUUAGGUGCACUUCAGUCUUCGGAAGUGUUGCCUAGGAAUGAAAGAAACAAUGGUGCAAAGCAAAAUUCGAUUAGCGGCUUGCUAAGUAUGCGAAACUUUCCUUCAGGUGACGAAAUUGAUCAUGAGAUUGUGAAAUGCCAUACUGAAAAAGUGCGGGAAAUUAAGAAAUUCUCGGUCAUGGAUGACGGUGAUAAAAAAAUGGUGCGGAGGGUGAAAAAAGAGCUGUCAAUGGUUGAUACAAGUGAGAUUGCGCGACAGGUCAAGGAUCGGUUGCACAGCAGUGGAAUUUCUCAGAAAACAUUUGGUGAUGUAAUAUUGGGAGUAAGUCCAGGGGGUGUAUCAGAGCUCCUGACCAAACCAAAAACUUGGGAACAGUUAUCUCCACGCGCUCGUGACUUGUAUCUCAAGAUGAGCGAAUGGCUCAGUGAAUUAGAUGGAAAUAAUAGGAUACAGGAGACAUCUACUUCCACUGCGUUGCUCUCUUCAUCUCUCACAUCGACCUUUUCAAGUAUGGUGGAUACGUUGACAUCUACAGGUUCUUUAACAAAAACUCUGUCACCACAGAAAAGAAAAGCAGCUUUGAAUACAGCUACCGGCGAGCUGCCGAAGAAAGCACAGAGAACAGUUAUUACGGACCAGCAAAAAGAAGCACUGAAACAUGUUUUUGAACGUGACCAGCAUCCGAAUCAACGGACAAUUGAGCAACUUUCGCAGACUCUUUCUUUGAGUACUAGGACUGUGAGCAAUUGGUUUCAUAAUUAUCGAACUCGACAAAAGGCAAGUUUGAGAGCUGAAAAUCUUCUAAAUGGGGACAACGGUCAAAAAAGAAAUUCAGCAAAUGGAAAAAAUAACAGUGAUCGGUGGAAGCAGGAUCUUGCGGAAUUAAUGAAAUUAGAAUCGAAACCGUACCACUGGUCACCAACAAUGGUAUCACCAGGCAGCAACAGCAACUUGGCUAGAAGCACUAUUACCAAGAACAGUUCUCUUGAUAAAGCAAUUGAACGGAUUCAAAAACUCAAUGCUUCCAAGCAGUUGUAA